CUCUCUUCACCCAAAGCCUUCUGCGGCAUACCAUUUCUUUUCUCAAGGAACUCGGAAAAUGCGUGCUUUAGCCGUUGUGGCUCUGGCCUCCGCCUGCAGCGCUUUGGCGGUAGAGCAUGGAAAGGUUUCUAAAACCACUGAUGAUUUCGAAGCCGGAUCUGACCUCUUCUCUUUUGUGACGCGGCCUGACAUUCGCGCGCCUCGAUGGAACAUCACCAAGCACCGUCCGGAUGCCAUUAAUCCUGGCUAUUAUUUCGUUUCACCCUACACCUAUUGGCAAUCAAUACCGGACAGACUCGAAUAUCAGCCUUACCAGGUUGGCCCACACAUCUAUGACGGAGACGGGGUAAUUCAGAACACUGCUUCGUUAUUCUGCAAUUUCUGAUGUUUGAGCCCUAGAAUCUUGUUUGGAGCGGCGCCGCCUUGGUCGAGAACCGAAACACUUUUGAUUUCAGAACCUUCGAAGUAGACGGGACAAGUUACCUGUCCUAUGUCUUGCUUUCAGACGACAGAAAAGGCGCAGAAGAUCCAAAAGGCGCGGGCGUCAUACUGGAUUCGUCCUACAAUGCUGUGGGAAGAAUGCCAGGAUUCACCGGCAAUACAUUCAAUGCGCACGAAUUCAAGGUUCAGGGUAACGGGGACAAGGUGCUUUUGAUCGGCACACAAUACACAGAGCUAAAGGUACUCAAAACCAACGAGACUGGGUGGUUUGCGGAUGAUUGCAUUCACGAAAUCGACCUGACGAAGGACGAAAUCGAGUUUUCUUGGUGUCCUUUGGAUCAUGGAGUCCGCCCGAACGAGUCCUACCACCAGAGUCCGGAGCUGUCGACUCUGACAGCGGAGAAUGCAUGGGAUUAUCUCCACGCAAACUCGAUUGACAAGUUCAGCAACGGAGAUUACCUUUUCUCGGCCCGCCACACGAACACUCUCUAUCGCGUGAGUCGUGAGGACAGCUCGAUCGUAUGGCGGCUAGGCGGCAAGAGAUCAGACUUCAUGAUGGAUUUCAACUUUUCAUCGCAACAUCAUGCAGUCAUUCACUCGGAAGACGAUGCAACGGCUGUAGUCACAUUCUUGGACAAUGCUUCUGACGAUGAAACGAGGCAACCGAAUACCUCGAACGUAUCAUCUGCGAAGAUGGUUGAACUCAACAUCGAGACGAUGGAAGCAAAGUUACUGAAGCAAUGGGAUCGCCCUGACGGAGGACUCAGCACGAAGCGUGGCAACGUGCACAUCAUGCCCAAUGGCAAUCUCCUUGUUGGAUGGAGUCAGAGCGGCUAUAUGAGCGAACAUACGAUGGACAACGAAUUGGUCAUGGAAGCCAGCUUCGCGUCCGACCGCUUCUCUACUUAUCGCGUCUUCAAGUCCAACUUUACUGGAUUGCCCGAAGAUCCACCAGUCCUCAAGUCUUUUAUCAUUCAAUCCCAAAGUGAUAAGACAUACUCGAUGACGACGUCCUAUGUCAGCUGGAACGGUGCCACCGAUAUCAAGGGCUGGAAGUUCUACGGAGCUCAGAACGCAACAGGGGAUUUCAAAUAUAUCGGGCAGACUAAGAAAACAGGAUUCGAGACUGCUUUCUCUGAAAAGGGCGAAUGGAAAUUCGUGUACGCCGAAGCAAUAGCCAAGGACGGAUCAACACUCGGCAGAUCCAGAACGCGACCUACCAGUCUCGUGCCAGGAUAUGCCCCGUCCAAGGGCAAGACUCGUGUCCCAAAGCUAAGUCACACGGCAACUCGGAUUGGAGAGAUGAGCAAAGGAGCCACGGCGGCUGGAUCUGUGUUCGUCGUGCUUGCGCUGCAGAUGGCCAUGGUCGGCUUAUACCUGAUACUCAAGCGUAGCCGCCGAGCCAGUCUCGGUUACUGGCAUUCACCCGCAGAGGGCCGAGUACAAUUACUGUCGGCGAAGGAAUGGAACGACUAAUGAGUCAUGAUGCAAUGAUGCCUGAUGAGCUUUUGAGAUCCAUUUGGUAGACUUUUUGGGCGUAUGGUUUGGUGUUCCAAUGUACAGUAUAAUGAUGAUAUCCAAGAAAA